AUGAAUAUUUUAACAGGAGAUUUAGUAGAUGACUUUCCAUAUAAUGAUUAUCCAAAAUACGGCAGUCAGCAACCAAAAGAUUGGGAAAUUUAUCGAAAUAUCACUUCCGGCAUUGACAAAGAUGUUUGGUUCGAAAUUGCCGGCAACCAUGAUGAAUUUGGCGUAUUUUCAUUCGAUUCAGACGGUCACAACUUCCGCAAAUCCAUCAAAACGAAUUUAUCAGAUAUUUCUCAGUUCCAUUUACAAGAAAGGAUCGUUCCUACCAACGGUGGCUACAAUAUACACAUUAUAGGUGUUAAUCCUUUCGUUUAUCCAUCAGCGCAUCCUCCUUUUGUUUACUGGCCUCGUCCAUCUCGAGAAACAAUGGAUAAAUUAGAGGAAAUAAUAGAAAAAGUUCCGGAAGGAGAUGAAGUGAUCGUAAUGGACCAUUAUCCUCUCAAAUUAUUCCCUCCACACAAAAGAACUUCAAGUGGAAAGAAUUUUCAAGAAUUAAUGACAACAGGAAAGGUCCAUUACUUCCUGUCUGGCCACCUUCAUCCUGCUAAGCCUAAAUUAAUGCAUUUUCCGAACCUUCUUGAAGUUGUUGCCGUUGAUUCAAAAUCUCAUAAUUAUAUUGGCUGUUUUACAUAUGACAAUCAUAGAUUUGUAUAUCACCAAGUUAAUAUAACAAGACCACCAUAUGCUUAUGUCACAAAUCCAGUUCCUACUUCUCAAUUAACAAAUCAUCAAAUUUUUAAUGAGGUCGGAACACCUGUCAGAGUACUUUCCAUGCAUUCAAAGAUGCCUAAGAUCACAGUGUCAGGCGAUCUCAAUGGAGAAAUGACUUGUAAAAAGCUUAAUAGUGGUCAUUUCCUUUGCGAACUCGAAAACAACUUAAAACAAGGCCAAUACUCUAUCUCACUUAACGGAUCCAUUACAAAAACCGUAAACUUUACAAUUGGUGAGAAAUCUGAUUGGUACUUAGAAGCGGAGUACAAAGAUGUUAACAAUGAAAGGUAUAUAUUCCAAACUAUUUUAUUGUUCAUUGUUAUUUUGUUCUUCAUCUUUCCACUUCCGAAAUCCAAAUUCGCCGAAGAAUUUUUGGAUAUUCUUAAUGGAGUUCAAACAGAAAUCAGCACAACCAAGCUUAUUAUCAUUAUACUAUUCGGAUGGAUACUAAGCAUAAGGUUUAGAAUCCAAAAACUUUCAUUUUGGAUCAAAGGCUUAUUAUUGGUUGCUUUGCUUUGGCCAUUAGUUCUCCCAGCCAUAUUCUUGGAGAUAGAAGGCCACAAAGGGUUUAUUUGGAUGUGGGGAUACGAAUGUGGCGGAAAAUUCUAUUACGCAAUUUAG